GCCCCAGAGUAGCGGUUUAGAUCCUAUAUUACAUCCUCAAUUACAAAUGAGAUUCAACACAAUUUUUUAACAUUUCGAAAUUACCGCCAAAGUUUUGACUUGCAAGAAAGAAAAUAACACUUUUAGAAAAUCUCCUUUUUAUCUCUUUUUGUAUCACAAUCUUUUCUUGCAUGUCAAUCAAGGGAUGAAAAAUCCAACAACACCCUUCUUAACAUUUUGAAGCUUUUCUUUUCUAACAGUUUGAAAUCCUGUUUUAGAACGAAGUUUUUUUUUUUUCUUUUUUUUUUUUUUUGAAUUAAGGUUCAAAAAGUUACAUUUUUGGCUAUAAGAUUUUUUUUGUUGGGUUUAGUACUUUAGUUGGUAGCAGUAUCAAGAAAGAGUUUAGAGACAUUGAGAUGGAGGGUGGUGAUCUUUAUAGAGCCGCAAGUUCGAUUCAAAGAAGUGGUUCUUCAUCCUUAUGGAUGAACAGUGCUUCUGAAGUUUUCACCAGGUCAACACGAGAAGAAGAUGAUGAAGAAGCUCUUAAAUGGGCUGCUUUGGAGAAACUUCCUACUUAUAACCGUUUGAGAAAAGGAAUACUCACUUCAUCGAGUGGCAAACCAAAUGAGGUUGAAAUUUCUAAACUUGGAUUUGAAGAAAGGAGGAAUUUGAUGGAGAGGUUGAUUAAAGUUGCUGAGGAAGAUAAUGAGAAAUUCUUGCUCAAGCUCAAGAAUCGUAUUGACAAAGUUGGGUUGGAUAUUCCUACCAUUGAAGUUCGAUAUGAGAAUAUCAAUAUAGAUGCAGAAGCUUAUGUAGGAAGCAGAGCUUUGCCUAGCUUCUUUAACUUCGCCUUCAACAUAGUUGAGAGUAUCUUGAACACUCUACAUAUUGCUCCAAGUAAAAAGAAACACAUCUCUAUCCUUCAUGAUGUUAAUGGAGUCAUAAAGCCAAGCAGGUUGGCAUUGCUAUUGGGUCCUCCAAGUUCUGGUAAGACCACAUUCUUAUUGGCUUUGGCUGGAAAGCUUGACAAAGAAUUAAAGCUUUCUGGAAAGGUGACUUAUAAUGGGCAUGGCAUGAACGAGUUUGUCCCGCAGAGAACUGCUGCAUACAUCAGUCAACAUGAUGUCCACAUUGGAGAAAUGACUGUUAGGGAAACAUUGGCUUUUUCUGCAAGAUGCCAAGGAGUUGGAAUGCGAUAUGAAAUGCUGUCAGAGUUGUCAAGGAGAGAAAAAGCAGCUAAAAUCAAGCCCGAUCCAGAUGUUGACAUCUACAUGAAGGCAGCAGCAACAGCAGGCCAGGAAACUAGUGUAGUGACUGAUUAUAUUCUAAAGGUUCUGGGAUUGGAAGUCUGUGCUGAUACCAUGGUUGGGGAUGAAAUGAUAAGGGGUAUCUCUGGAGGACAGAGGAAGCGUGUUACAACAGGUGAGAUGCUUGUUGGACCAGCAAAGGCGCUGUUCAUGGAUGAAAUAUCAACUGGUUUGGACAGCUCAACGACUUACCAAAUCGUGAAUUCACUCAAGCAAUUUGUUCAUAUUUUUCAAGGAACUGCUGUCAUCUCACUGCUUCAGCCUGCACCAGAGACUUAUAACCUUUUUGAUGAUGUGAUUCUCCUUUCUGAUGGUCAAAUUGUGUACCAGGGUCCCCGUGAAGACGUUCUCGAUUUUUUUGAGUCCAUGGGUUUUAAAUGUCCUGAGAGGAAAGGUGUUGCUGAUUUUCUCCAAGAGGUAACAUCAAGGAAAGAUCAAGAACAGUAUUGGAUGAAGAAAGAGGAUCCUUACAGGUUUGUCACUGUAAAGGAAUUUACUGAGGCUUUCAAAUCAUUCCAUGUUGGAAAGAAACUAGGAGCUGAGCUUACAACUCCAUUUGACAAGAGCAAGAACCACCCAGCUGCUUUGACAACCAAAACGAAUGGCGUAAAUAAGCAUGAGCUGCUAAAAGCUUGUUUCUCGAGAGAAUAUUUGCUUAUGAAGAGGAACUCAUUUGUUUACAUUUUCAAGCUUUUACAACUUGCGAUAAUGGCACUGGUUACUAUGACAAUCUUCUUUAGAACCAAGAUGCAUCGCGAUUCUGUUGAGGAUGGAGGAAUUUAUGCAGGUGCUUUAUUCUUUGGUGUGGUUAUGGCAUUGUUUAAUGGAAUGUCAGAGCUUUCCAUGACAAUUGCCAAGCUUCCAGUCUUUUACAAGCAGAGAGACCUCCACUUCUACCCUGCAUGGGCAUAUGCUCUUCCAUCGUGGAUUCUCAAGAUCCCUAUCUCAUUUCUAGAGGUCGCAGUUUGGGUGUUCCUUACCUACUAUGUAAUUGGAUUUGAUCCAAAUGUUGGAAGGUUGUUUAAGCAAUAUGUUGUGCUAUUCUUUGUAAACCAAAUGGCCUCUGCAUUAUUCCGGUUGAUUGCAGGGCUGGGUAGGAACAUGAUUGUUGCUAACACGUUUGGUGCUUUUGCAUUGCUGGUACUUUUCGUUUUGGGUGGUUUUGUGCUGUCUAAAGAUAAUAUUAAGAAAUGGUGGAUCUGGGGCUUCUGGUGUUCUCCUAUGAUGUAUGGCCAGAAUGCAGUAAUAGUUAACGAGUUUCUAGGGGACAAGUGGAAACAUGUCCUACCGAAGGCUGCAGAACCUUUGGGAAUUCAAGUUUUGAGAAGUCGCGGGUUCUUUAGGCAUGCAUAUUGGUAUUGGAUUGGUGUGGGAGCAUUGAUUGGAUAUGUGCUUCUUUUCAACAUUUUGUUCAUUUUUUCUCUCAGUUUCCUCAACGAAUUUGGGAAGUCUUAUUCUGUCAAACCGGAGGAUGAGAGCAAUGAUAAAGACAAAAACUCAAGACCAUCCUCCAAGCCUGGAGAGACUCAAAGUGAGAAAAGAGGAAUGAUUCUUCCAUUUGAACCACAUUCUAUCUCCUUUGAUGAUGUUGUAUAUUCUGUAGAUAUGCCUCAGGAAAUGAAGAGUCAAGGCAUUACUGAGGACAGAUUGGUUCUCCUGAAAGGUGUCAGUGGCACUUUCAGGCCAGGUGUUUUAACAGCUCUAAUGGGAGUUAGUGGUGCUGGUAAAACAACUUUGAUGGAUGUCCUGGCUGGUAGGAAAACUGGUGGACAUAUUGACGGGGACAUCAGAAUUUCUGGAUACCCUAAGAAGCAAGCAACAUUUGCUCGAAUUUCAGGAUAUUGUGAGCAAAAUGACAUCCACUCACCUCAUGUUACUGUCUAUGAGUCUUUGCUCUACUCAGCAUGGCUUCGUUUACCAUCUGAAGUCAAUUUUGACACCAGAAAGAUGUUCAUCGAGGAAGUGAUGGAGCUAGUGGAACUCACCCCUUUGAGAGACGCACUGGUUGGAUUGCCUGGUGUUGAUGGUCUCUCAACUGAGCAGCGGAAAAGGUUAACAAUUGCAGUUGAGUUAGUGGCUAAUCCUUCUAUAAUAUUCAUGGAUGAGCCAACUUCAGGAUUAGAUGCAAGAGCUGCUGCAAUUGUCAUGAGAACAGUUAGGAACACAGUGAAUACUGGAAGAACAGUUGUUUGUACCAUCCAUCAGCCAAGUAUUGACAUAUUUGAAGCCUUUGAUGAGCUAUUCCUAAUGAAGCGAGGAGGACAAGAAAUAUAUGCUGGGCCUUUGGGUCACCAUUCUUCCCAACUAAUCAAGUAUUUUGAGGCAGUUGAAGGCGUCAGCAAAAUAAAAGAGGGUUAUAAUCCAGCAACUUGGAUGUUGGAAGUUUCUACUAUAGCACAAGAAAUUGCUCUAGGAAUUGACUUUCCUACCAUAUACAAAAAUUCAGAACUAUACAGGAGAAACAAGCAACUCAUUAAAGAACUUAGCACUCCUGCUCCUGGUUCAAAGGACCUCCAUUUUCCCACAAAAUUCUCACAACCAUUUACAACACAAUGUAUAGCUUGCUUUUGGAAACAACGUUUGUCUUACUGGCGCAACCCGCCUUAUACUGCUGUGAGAUUUUUCUUCACCGCUUUCAUAGCGCUGAUGUUUGGGACCGUGUUCUGGGAUCUCGGCUCCAAAACGGGAAGCCGACAAGAUCUGAUGAAUGCAAUGGGAUCUAUGUAUGCUGCUGUUUUCUUCCUUGGUAUCCAAAAUGCUUCAUCAGUGCAACCAGUAGUUGCCAUUGAAAGAACUGUCUUCUACAGAGAAAAAGCUGCUGGAAUGUAUUCAGAUUUCCCAUAUGCAUUUGCACAGGUGCUCAUUGAACUUCCAUAUAUCUUUGCACAAGCUGUAGUCUAUGGUGUGAUAGUGUAUGCAAUGAUGGGAUUCAAUUGGACGGUGGCCAAAUUCUUUUGGUAUCUUUUCUUCUUGUACUUCACAUUGUUGUACUUCACCUUCUAUGGCAUGAUGACUGUGGCCGUGACACCAAACUACCACAUUGCCUCCAUUGUUUCUUCUGCAUUUUAUGGAUUAUGGAAUCUCUUCUCGGGAUUUGUAGUCCCACGGACGAGGAUCCCAAUAUGGUGGAGAUGGUACUAUUGGGCAUGUCCGGUAGCAUGGACAUUGUACGGAUUGGUUGCAUCACAGUUUGGAGAUAUUGAGGAAAACCUUGACACAGGUGAAUCAGUGGAACAAUUUCUGAGAAGAUAUUUCGGCUUCAGACAUGACUUUCUGGGAGUCACUGCAGGAGUUAUUGUUGCUUUUGCAGUGCUCUUUGCUUUCGUCUUUGCCUUCUCUAUCAAGGCAUUUAAUUUCCAAAAGCGAUAGAAAUCCUCUUUAUUUAUUUAUUUCAUUUAUUUAUUUUA